CAGGUAUUUUGUUAAAUUACGGUCCAUAAAGAAAUAGCAUAUAAGACUGUUAGCUGAAAUAAUUCGCGUUCAGAAUAAAUCCAAGAGUCUGCCAAAGCAAAAAUCAUCAAAAGACUAUAUGGCGGCAAUUUAUAUUGACUAAUAAGACUUGCAGUUAUCAAAAAAAAUGUCCGAGGCAAGCUCUACAAACCAACAAUCUUCAUCUAGUGACAAAUGCAGAAGCUCAUCACAAGAAAAUGCCAAUAGCUGUUCUGGGCUUGCAUCAGAAGCUGAAGAACAUGGGCAAUCCCAAUCAAUGGGCAGGGACAAGAAUGCAUUGGUGAAAUCCACGGAUCCGAAUUGGAACAGUUGGCCGAAUGCACGAAACCAUCAUAAUGCUUGCGAUUACAUUGAAUCCACAAGCAGUUCUUAUGACCAUUCAUUUGCUCAAGGCGGACAUUACAAUGAGCAUCAGGAAUAUUCAAAUAGGGGACGCCACCCACAAAGCUCUGAAAGAGAGAGCCAACAAAGGCCACCAUACAGAGGAGGCAAUCAAGGAAAUUCAGACAGGGGAGGCUAUCAAGGAAAUUCAGACAGGGGAAGUUAUCAAGGAAAUUCAGAUAGGGGAGGCUAUCAAGGAAAUUCUGGAAGGGGAGGCUAUCAAGGAAAUUCACACAGGGGAGGCUAUCCAAGAAAUUCACACAGGGGAGGCUAUCCAGGAAAUUCAGACCAAGAACUAUAUCAAGGAAAUGCAACAAGGGCAGGUCAGCAAUGGAAUGCAAAUGGGGCAACUCAAGGUAGAAAUUCCAGCUGGGGAGGUCCAGGUGGGCAGCCUUACAGACAGAAUUCAUCAGGAGGCUACAGGGAAGAUGACUCAGAUGUCUUCUUGUCGAAAACUCUAUCAUCAAUCCUGAGGCACAAUGCUGACAGGUUUAAACUCAACCUGCUUAAAGGCGGUUUUAUAUAUGUGGAUGAAAUUCUCGACAAAGUACACAAGUUAAAAGGAUACACACACACGGAUUUUAUUCGUAUUGUGGAAAGCAACGACAAAAAACGAUUUGCCCUUCAAGAAGACAGAGAAGGAAAACUGAUGAUCCGAGCUAACCAAGGGCACACAAUGCAGGUUGAUGACUUAGACCUUAAACCCCUUUUGUCCCCUGACAAUGUUCCCUGUGCAAUUCAUGGCACGUACUAUGAAAGCUGGGAGGCCAUCAAACGUACGGGUCUGAGCCGUAUGCAGAGGAAUCACAUCCACAUGGCCAUGGGGGAACCAGGCCGCGAAGGGGUCAUCAGUGGUAUGCGGUCCUCGUGUGAAGUCACCAUCAGAGUUGAUCUCAAGAAAGCCAUGGAUGAUGGCAUCAAGUUUUUCGUGUCUGCCAACAACGUGAUCCUCUCCCCAGGAAAUGAAGAUGGACUCAUCCCUCCAAAGUACUUCGAGUUAGUGAUGGACAGAAAGAAAGGAGCAAAGAUUGCUGUUGACCUGCCCAUCGCAAAGCAGGCUGAUAAUCAGACAGAAAAGAAGAAAAAAAAGAAGAAAAGGAGCAAGAAGGGAAAAGAAGAAAAAUCUGAUGAUGAGCAAACACCUGACACCUGGGAAGAAAAGGCCAAAAAUGAAAUGCCCAGCAGCUCACCACAGGAAACUGCAGAUUCUGUGACUAACAGGAAGAGGGCUGCUCCACCAGAUCAGCCUGUUGCAACAUCACCACCACAGAAGGGCCACUUAGAAUCCGAGCCUAAACAAGUUACCAAAACGUCACAAGAAACUGUCCCUGAUGUUCCCAUAACAACAAAAGUGCAAGCGUCCCCUGCAAAGUUGGCCGAUCAACCAUGGCGGGAACCUGUAACUAUCGACGACGUUGAGGUCUCCAAGUGUUCUAUGGAUGACGUGAUCUCGAAAUCAGGGGAUCACAAUGAUAUCACUGUCAUGUGUUGUGGCGAAAAGUUUGGCAGCAGAGAAUCAAAGUUGAGACUGCUGGCUUUAUUUUCUAGACCCAACAUUUACAUCUAUCAUUUGAAUGAUGAAAAUCAUGAGCUGCUUCAGGAAGGCGAUGUUCUUAAAGUGCUGAGGUCGAAGUCAGUUACAAAGGUUCUGCACAACGUGAAAGAGACGUCUCACGGUUUGCUGCGGGAAUAUGACGUGUUGUUGGAUGGAUCUCCAAUAUGGGACAUUGCAUUGAUGUUCGAGAAGGUGACGCUGACCAAGGUGGAACUUGAACUGCUGAAAGAAGAAUUUGAGUUCACGCCGAGGUCAUUCAAGUCAUGGGCAGUAGAAAAUGAGGACUGGGCCAGCAAGCUGACCCCGGAAGUUGUGGAGAAAGUUGUCAGAAGAGGGAAACUCAUAGAUAAGCUGUAUAGUCUGUGCAUGAGUCAUAUACACACACCUGAAGUAACCAAGAAGAUCAAGAGUGCAGUUUAUGCGGCAGCCAAUCCGUCCGAGGCCGAAGACAAAGAGCUGUAUGAGAAGUACAAGGAACUGACAAAAGAGAGACAAGCGAAAGAGAAGGCGGAAAAAAAUGCUUCAAAACCAGAGGCCCCCAAGCAGCAACAGUCUCAACCAAACAAGAAGAGUGGGAAGGGAAAUAAGAAGAAAAAGUGAACGUGCUGACACCAGAAUGCAGUGUUUGUAAAUCUUAUGUGAAACUAGAUUGUGAAAUUUUCUCACCUGUGUUACUUUAGUUGCCGUGAUUGAAAAAAAAAACCUAGAGAAAGUGAGCAAUAACAAUGUGUUGAUAGAUGAAUUAUCCAAUGAGAUGUUCUGGUUAUUAGAGGUUUAUUUUAUGUGGUUGUUAUUGCAUUAUUGAAUAUUAUAAUUUAUAACCAUUUGACAUAAAAAUGUAUUUCUGAAUGUUCACUUGUUAAAUUGUUAAUAUUUUCUGUACUUGUAUUGUUUAAAGGAAAGUUAUAUUAUUACAUGCAAUAGCAUCUUAAUCUGCAGUUUUUUGUUUGGUUUGGUAAUAAUCUAUUGUAAUCAUGUUGUUAGCUCACCUGUACACAACAUGCUUAUGGUGAGCUUGCUUGAUUCCCUUUUUGUACAUUGUUUUUCAUCUGUCUUAUUGUCCCUUACACCGGAGGGGACUUAUGGUUUGCGCUCUGUGUGUCUUUCUGUCUGUGAGUCUGUCUGUCACACUUUUCUGGAUCCUGCGAUAACUUUAAAAGUUCUUAAUCUUUUUUCAUGAAACUUGAAAUAUGGAUAGAUUGCAAUAUGGACAUUAUGCACGUCAUUUCCUUUUGUUCCUACGUCAAAAAUUCAGGUUGCUAUGGCAACAAAUAGACUAGAAAUACUGCUGAAAAUGGUGGUUUUCUGGAUCCUGAGAUAACUUUAAAAGUUCUUAAUAUUUUUUCAUGAAACUUGCAACAUGGAUAGAUGGCAAUAUGGACAUUAUGCACGUCAUUUCAUUUUGUUCCAAUGUCAAAAAUUGUGGUUGCUAUGGCAAUCAAAAAAAAAAGUGAAAAUGGUGGAAUUUCUGACAAUGGUGGAGCAGGUAGGGAACCAUAUUAGCCUUGUUUACCUUGUUUUACACUGUAGAGGUCACAUCUAUUUUCAAUAUUCACAACAUAAUGUCCCAAUCAUAUUUCGGUCUAGUGAGAAACCGGUUCAUGUGAGGUCAAAAACUAGAGGUGGGCUUAUGAUUAGUAUUUGCAUGAAUAGUAUAUACAUGUAAGGGCUCUGCAGUUUUUAGCUCGAUAUAUAUAUAUAUAUAUAUAUAUAUAUAUAUAUAUAUAUAUAUAUAUAUAUAUAUAUAUAUAUAUAUAUAUAUAGUGGAGCUAUCCUACUCACCCCGGUGUUCCCGCUACCGUGAGCGUUGGAAUGUUUGCGUACCACCUCAAAUAUUUUCAUUGUCCCUUGACAUAUUGCUUUUAUAUUCUGCAUACUUCUUUACUAACAUGACUCCAACCUAUAAACAAGAGCAGACUACUGUAUCACGCAUUUUGUAUUAAUUAUGGCGCUUUUUUCACUUAGAAUAUGCAUAUUAUUGAUAAAUCUAUGUUAAAGUUUGCGUACCACCUCAAAUAUUUUCUUUAUCCCUUUACAUAUUGCUUUCAUAUUUUGCAUACUUCUUUACCAACAUGAUCCCAAUCUAUAAACAGGAGCAGACAACUGUAACAAACAUUUUGUAAUAAUUAUGGCCCUUUUAACCACCUCAAAUAUUUUCUAUGUACCUUGUCAAUUUUUUCUUUUAUAUUUUGCAUACUUCUUAACCAACAUGACCACAAUCUAUAAACAAGAGCAGACAACUGUAUCAAGCAUUUUGUAAGAAUUAUGUUCCCUUUUUAUACUUAGAAAAUUUGGUUGUGUGUUUAAGUUCACUUCAUUCCUAAAGUAUCAAAGCUAUUGCUUUCAUACUUGCAACACUUGCUAACUAUCGUAAGGGGACUGUACAGGGCAAGUUGAAUAACUCUGGAGUGCACUUUAACGUAAUUAUGACCCUUUUUUUGUCUUAGUAACUUUAUGUCUUUACAAAUGUUCAAGAGAUUGUGGAAAAUAUACCUGAACUCAGAAUCGUCUAGAAAGUACAACUUCUUUAAAACACAAGCGAUUAAUAUGUCUCAAUUAUGGCCCUCUUCCACUUAGAAUGUGACUAUAUUACCUUGACCUUGUUAAAUAUGAACAAUUUCACCAUGAUGGCUUACUUUAUACAUGUACUGUCAAGCACUCCAAUAGUCGAGCGCGCUGUCCUCUGAUAGCUUUUGUUUAUUCUCUCGAAACGUUUCAGUAAUUUUUUAGUAAAAUUCAGCCUAUAAAAAUGACAGCAUUUGCAUGUUUGGUACAUGGUAUUUAAGGGCUUUGAGUUUGGGUUGUUUAAUACUAUUUUUCAUCCCAUUCACAAAAAGUAUGCCUUUGUAACAAGCCAGUAAUUGCAUGUAUGGUAUAUGUAUGCAAAGUCCAUAAACAAACAUUGUCUGGAGGUGGCUGGGAAGUUCCUUUUAUGGCUAAAAUUAAAACCUAGUGAACACUUAAGCAGUUUUAUUUGUUUGUCCAAGCUUGCUCUGAACACGUUUUUUUAAUGAUAUCUUGUUAAAGUUUGAAAAUGGUUUUGGUACAUAUAAACACAUGGCCACAAGGGGUUGGUCAGUUUUCCCUAAAUGUCUUGAGUGAAACACUUAAAAAGUUAAAACAGAAAUUGUCUUUUCCCCCAAUCUAUUUGGAUCACUUAUUGAAGAAAAUGAUUUUUACACUUCAGCAAAAUUUAACUUUAAUUAUGAACACAUUUUGCCCAAUCAGCAUGAAACUUGAGCAGAACAUUUUGCCUAUAUAAUGGCAUCUCAGCAGAGUUCAAAAAUGGGUUUGGGGAAAACCCACAGUCAGAAGCCACAUCUGUUUUUCAAACAUCACAAAAAAUUAUCAAAACAGUUCAGUGCCUACGGGCCUCUGGUCAGCUACCUAGGGUCUUUGUGAUUCUUGGUAUGAAUAUCUCUUAGAUGAAUAAAUAUCUUUAAAUAAA